AUGAAUAGAUUCUUUAGCAACAAAGUUACACAUCAAUUUGCCCUGAGCUUAUCGAAGAGGUCGCAUUCGACAGUACGUACCAUAAGCACAAAACUGGGAAGCACCAUUUACUUAGGUGGUGCUGCUGCAUUAGUUUCAGCAAUUGCUUGGACAUCCAUAUAUAAGAUUGACAAUGAAGUGGAUAAAAAGAAAAUUGAAGAAGGAAAAUCAAUCGCUGAGCAUACCGGAAGCAGCCAAAAAGUAGAUGAGGCCAAGAAGCAAGCAGUGGGAAGAGGAAAAGUCAGUACAAAGGUUCCACCACAAGAAAACGAACCAGAAACAAAAUCUGAAAUCGAAUCCGACCAGGAAGCAGAGCAAACAAAGACGAGCUUGGCAGGAAGUAAAAAUGAAAAACUGCAAAAAGGCUCUAAUGAUUCAGAAGUCAAGUGGGAUAAUAAAAUUUUGAAGCCAAUAUCAAGUGGGGCAUGUGGGGGACAAUUCAAAGACGUUUUUUCUGCACUCUUAUCUAGUUCAGACCUCAAGGGAUCCGAUACGAUCAAGAAGCUUGAGGCAUUGAGACGUUGCUUAAAGGAGCAUUCCGAGAUCUUGAAGGAUUGA